AUGGCCGCUGGGGCAGAAGAGAUCUCGAGUAGCGACUAUGGGCCAGAAGACCUACGACUAUCAGCAGGCCCUUCACUAAGGUGGAUCGACGAUCUGAUGAAGGUCGCGGUAUGUAUGACAUUCCUGAUGCUGAGCUCAUUCGUAACGUCCAAGAGUCGAACCCGAAGGCCUAUGAUUAGGUACCCCAAAGACUCCCAGUUUUGGGCCACUGACUUCUUCGUGAGAGGCUGCAAAAACUUUUUGGAGUCUUGUCCAAAAGAGUAUAAAUAUCAAAUAAUUUGCGCUAGAAACUACAACGGAGACUUCAAAUUCUUCCCAAACUACUGUGAGAUGCAGUAUGAGAAUUGCAAUACGUGGCAGAAUUGGCACGUCUUCAAGCGAGAGAGGUGUUAACACGUUCAAUGCCGG